UGGACGGGUAUGCCUGUCUGAUACAGCCUCUGAACCAGUAUCGCCUUCACCUACCGUGAUUCAACGUAGCAUAUAUCUCGCAUAGCCCGGUCAAUAGUCGUUGAACCGGAUUAAGGCCGCGCCGAGGUUGUGUCAUGGUGAACAGUCCGCCUGCUACGCCCAGUCGGCGGAACGGUUCGAUCCGUUCCAUAUCAUCCGCCGCAAGUACGGUACGGCCAGAUUACUUCCCUGAGCAGAGGCUACACCCACCAGCAGCUCCAGUUCAGAAUGUACGACUUGCGCCAGGAGUCAAGCAUAUCAAGCAUCCAGGCUUGCCUGAGCGACAAGUCUCCAUGUCGGCGCUGGUGCACACGAGGGACAAAUCGGAAACACAAACUGGUUUACACCAGCGGCAGCACUCGCUUCCGCUAGAUGGCUCGUCAGUCAGAAGUUCUGUAGCAAUGGCGCCGCAAUACCCGUUACCGCCAUCAGAAACCCGAGAUAACGAUACCGUGGUUACGCCGACGACCCCUACCCUGACAAGCCCUUCGACGCUCUCGACGCCCAAUUCCUCGCCUCAACGAAACGCUGCUGCGAAUCAUAGACAUCUGCACCAUAGACAGCAUAGUCAAACAGAUGUCAAAACUCCUGCGGAGUAUGCACUGCACAUCCUGUUUACUCAGUUCGUUCGACUGUCGGAACGCAAGCUUCAUCAGAUCCUGUCUUAUCCUGCAGAUACCGAACCCGAUAUCACGGCAUUGGUGGGUGUGGGGGCAGAUCCUGCAUUUGAUAAGGUGUUGGCAGGGUUGGGGUAUGUGGCGAGACAUAGACCGAAGCCCGUGAUCGAUUCUGUAAUGUUUUGGCGGAAAAGCAAGAACGAAGCAGCCUCGGCAUCAGUGCAAACUAUCGGCCCUUCGGCCCAGCAAGGGCCAGAUGCGCAGAGGCAGCGGGCUGGCACGAUGACAGGCAACCAGACCGCCUCAUCUCUAUUACCAUCGCAGAAUGUAACACUGGCGAACCGGCGGAGUCUGGUAUCCAUCUACAUCUUAUGCCGAGUGUUGAUCGAGGUUAUCAAGCAAACGACGGCGGAAAAAUUGGGUGCGGAUCUUGGUGAUAAGCUCGAGGAGAUCGUGUUUACGCAGCUGAAGACGACAGAUCCGGAGAUGAUUGCUACAAGUCCGAUUCAACUGGCGAAUUGGACCCUGUUUGCUGAGCUUUUGGGGUGCAUGUCAGAGAUACGUUUCGGAAGUGUGAGCGAUAGGUUCAUCGCGGACUUGGAGAAGUAUGCGAAGACGGUGGUAAUGAAAGAAGAGGUGGCAAAGGUGGAGACCGUCAUUCAUGGUAUGCGUUUUUUCAAGAUCAAGAUUUACCCGAUGGAGGACCUGGAAGAAUCUGCGGCGUAUCUUGCAAGUUUAGCAAAGUUCUUUGCGAAUUCCGACGGAUCAAGGAUCAAGCAUGCCUAUGCUGACCUCCUUACACGGCUGCUGUUGCCAAUUGCAGGCUCCGCGACGGCAGAAGUCAACUACCCGGCUUGGGCUGAAGCAGUCGAAAUGAUCUACCCGAAAGCGCUUAAACUGACGAAGAAGACCAAGGAUUGGAGUGCUGGGUUUCCGCUUGCAUGUGCGGUGCUUUGUGUAAGUCCACGGGAGUUCUUUCAAGAGCAUUGGUUUGGACUUAUCGAGGCCAAUCUGAAGUUCCUGAAAGACAAAACAUUCAGGACAAUCAUGUUGGAAUGUAUCGUGCGGUUGACAUGGGUUUAUGUCUUUCGAUGCCCUGAAACCCUCAACAGUACCGUCAAGAAGCUAGAGUUCAUAUCGAAAACUUUGUUCCCUGCUGGCCGGAGGAACAUGAUCCCUUCAGAUACUUCUGUGGAGCCAUUCGUGCAAAUCAUUCGGUUCAUGGCAGCCAAGCACCAAGAUAUGGCUCUGCGGAAUAUAAUCUUUCCUUUGAUCAAUGGCGAUCAACUUGCCGCGCCCAACGCACAACUUACAUUUGAAGCUAUCGGGCCCGAAAGAACAGCUGUGGCUAUCAGAGCAUAUAUGCUCAUUCUGAACGAUUUGCAGAAUUUUGGAGCAACUCCGCCGUUUCCCGAAUCAUUCAAUGUUCAAAGCGAGGCGGCAAAAUCUGAGGCUAUCAAAGCGACGUUGUUGAGCACACCAGCCCUGCGGACGUUUCAUGAUCUCUUUUGCAAUGUGCAGUACAGGAGCGCCGUGUUCUGCGACUCGUACUUUGGAAACGCGGCAGCUGUUGAAGAGCGCGCUCUGCCGCGAACCCCGAUUGCUGCUUCAUUUCACAAUGCCUUUGUGGACACUUCAGCCGCUGCCAUCAGCCAGACAAGGGACAAGCAAGCUUAUUUCGACCUUCUACGGACCUUGUUCGAUGCACUUCCUAGAUGUCUGUCAUCGAGUGGCAACUAUGCCAAAACGAUUGAGAUCCUGUGUAGGGGCACUUUCCAUGUCGAUGCGGCCGUCGCAUCGGCCGCUAGGAGAGCUCUAGUUCGUGUUGCUCAGGCUACCAACGCACAGCUAAUCGCAACUAGUUAUGCCCGAUUCCUUUUCAAAUAUGACGAAGCCCGGUCGGCGAACGCGAAGGCUCUGGAGGGCGAAUGCACUGAGUCUUCCCUGAAGUUGUACGUGAGGCUUCUCGGUGUUUGGCUGGAGGCAUUGCGCGCAGUGAAUGUUGCGAAGGAUGUUAAUGCGAACUCUCCGGCUGCCGUCGAUGGUGCGAUGCCGUCUACUCCUUCUACAGACGAUACUGCACGAAGCGAUGGCAUGGGCAUGACCAAUGUUUGGACGUUGAUUGAAGAGACUGAAUCGCAUGGCCUGUUCUUCUUGUGUAGCCAAUCACGGAUGGUCCGUCGGUAUGCAAUCCAGAUUUUGCGGUUGAUCUUGGAAUUCGAUGAGGCAUUGGGUGCUACCAAUGAUGCGUCGUCACCUAUUACGCAACAUUCUCCAGCAACACCUCAAACUCCCAGUCUAGGUUCAUUCAACCGGGUGAUUGACCUAUUGGACCGUGGAUCCUCCUUUAUACUGCAAUUCAACCGGGAAACGCUAUCCGUUGCAGAACAAAGCCGUCUACAUAAGUUCCAGCACGGGAAAGCAAGAGACGGCAUUUUGGUGAAACUUGCCGAGGGGGAUAACGGUAUUGAUACUGCACUGUGGCUGCGAGCGUUCCCACGAUUGAUUCAGGAGUGCUUUCAGAGGCUGCCGAUGGCCACCGUACUGUGUCGGAACAGUGUAUGCACUCGCUUGCGGUCAAUGCAGGACAUGAUUGUCAGAAAUUCGCAGCUGGCUCGUAAUCCAACAGCUGGGCCGUUUGAUCUCUUGCCUAAGCACACAAGGGAGAUCACGUCUCCUGAGGGGCAAGUUGAGCAGUGGAAGUUGUACUUGGUUGUAGCUUGCGCGACAUUGACUCUUACGGAUGAACAAGUGCAAUCCAAGAAGCCAUCUGUUAUGGGGCAUUGGCGACAAAAGUCAUCUAACUCUUCUCCGCCUACCUACGACAAAAUCAUCUCAGCGCGGGCAUUGUUUGAGUUGAUUGCUCCUUUGCUGAAGGCAGAGAACGUCGCAAUCCGUGAUGCUGUGGUAACGGGCUUCGGCUGCAUCAAUGUGAAUCUUUACCCCGUGUUGACCGAGGUCUUAUCAUCACAAGUUCAGAAGACUAUGCAUCCCCAAGAAGACGCGCGUAAGGGCUAUAGCUCAAAGACACAUAUGGCUACCCGUCGUGAUAAAACGCGCGAUAGAGUGCGAACUGAAGUAACUCAUAUCUUUCAGCUCACGUCACAUUUUUUGCAAGAUGCGAACGUGCUUAAAGAUAUCACCAUUCUGCGGGCGCUAUUUGAUUUCAGCAGAGACAUGAAGGCUUUCCUCGAAGAGCCUGAAAUCCAAGUUGAUUGGGAGUACCAACGGUUGCGAAGAUACUUCUGCAACCUCAUGGAGAGCCUUUACGAGGGUAUACUGAAGACCCCUGACCCUUCUGAGUGGUUCCCAUUCGACGGCAGACUAUCAUGUUUUCGACUGGUAGAAGAAUGGUGCGGCCUGGGCCAGUAUGGUGCUCUAGCGCGACAACGAGAUGAAAGGAUGCGAGCCACCAUCGUGGAGCAAAACCGGGCUGUCCGAGACCGAGGUGCUCUAAUGACUUCAGUAGAGAUCGAAAAGGGAAAUGUCGAGUAUGCAGCUCUGAACUGCAUGGCGACCCUUUGUGCCGGCCCUAUCCUUCCUGAGGCUGGAUCCGACAGAAUGGUCAUCUCGUUUGACGUCAGCGCUCUAUAUCGCUGGAUUGAUGCAGUAUUCGCAAGCAGCAGCGAGCGCAUCUAUAAGAUUGGUUGCCGCGCCCUUUCAAACCUCCUUGAGCACAACAGGAUGUACCCGAUUCUUCUCCGUCACUCCAUACAACAGUGUUAUUCAGGUGACCCAAGUUUGAAGUCAACCCAGAAUUACUUCAAUGUUAUUUCGGAAGUGUUAUGCAAGGAUACCGACUACCCUUGUGAAGGGCAGCAACUCAUAGCACUAUGUCUAUUGAAAAUUGGAGAUCGAGACAUUCAUGUGAGGCGGAACGCGAUGAAGCUCAUGAAGUACGCCGAGGAACGCUUUUACGGCAAGUCAUGCGUCAAGGAAUACGAGACCAGCAUCUUAAGUCAGACGCCGGCGGUGUUCAAAAGGGCUCAGUACUUACUUUCAACUCGUCUGGCAGCUGAUCACGCAGAAGCUAGUAUCUUUGUUUUCUCGGAGUUCACGUUGGCCUUCAAGCUUGUUGUGGAAAGAACUCGACGAGAUCUUGUUGAAGUUCUGCUACCAUGGCUCCAGAAUCUACAUCUUCCAGUAGACGAAGGCAGCGGAGAUCUCAGCCCGUCCGCUUGUGUGGUUGUUGUGAACCUUCUGGAGAUUACCGUCAAGUACGGCGCAUAUAUGCAGAACGAGAUCGAAGCUUUAUGGACGGCUUUGGCGUCUGGACCUCAUCCAGGCAACGUCAUGGCCAUUCUGGACUUCCUCAUGAAACGCUGUUUUGAAGCUCGUGACCCAACCCUGGUGCUGUACGCCAAGCAGGUUGUCCUUUACCUGGGAAGAACCACAGCUGGGGCUAACAUGGUGGAUACACUUAUCGGCUAUUUUCAGCCACGAAGCAUGAUCCCUCAAGCUCGGGAACCAUCGCUUUUCCCUCCGACGGAUAUCGUGUAUCCUUACGUCGCGUCCAUCUCGGAUAUCUUCCCUGUACCAUCAAAACCUGUGGUUUUCUCGCAGGGUCAGCUAGCGCUCAUAUUCAUCAUUGACUUGAUGAGCGAACCUUUUGAAACGGUAGGAUCGCACAUACCGACAUUACUGCAUUUGGUUUUCGUUCAACUUGAUCACUACACAAGCAUUGUUCACGAGCAAGCAAAACUAUUGCUCAUUCAGUUGAUUGACACAUUCGUAUUGGCAAAGCAGUCCGACUUUUCCGAGUCGGUUGUUACGGAGUUCAUUGAGGACCUUCGGGAACGUGAUGUGAAGUCCCUUUGGACAUAUGAUGAAAUGAACCACCACCGCAGGUCGGCUCGGACACCCAAGCAGAUGGAACACCUGGUCAGGGACGUUUUGGCUAUGUUUUCGCCGGUCUUCCCAGAUCUACGUCAGCUCUGGGGUAAGACGGCUCUGUCAUGGGCUACAUCUUGCCCCGUGCGCCAUCUGGCGUGUAGGUCGUUUCAAGUCUUCCGAUGUUUGAUGUCCCCUAUGGAUCAAGGCAUGCUUGCUGACAUGCUCGCUCGACUGUCAAACACGAUUGCGGAUAACUCAACCGACAUUCAAGGUUUCGCCAUGGAAAUUCUGACCACAAUUGCUGCUAUCACCGCAGAGAUGGACAUCGCGGGGCUUACUGCAUUGCCGCAAUUGUUCUGGGUCACAGUUGCUUGUCUUAACUCCAUUCACGAACAGGAAUUCUUGGAGGCACUGAGCAUUCUUGAUAACAUUAUGGUUAAGCUGGAUCUAGGGCUGGAUGCUAAUGUCCAUUUCCUCAUUGCCUGUUUCCCCCCCAAGUGGGAGGGCAAGUUUGAAGGUUUACAGCCCCUGAUUCUCAAGGGAUUGAAGUCGUCCACAAGUUACAACCAGACUAUAAAGCUCCUUGACAAAUUGUGUCAAUUGCCGAGCAACGAGAUCGUCGGAGUUGGUGAGAGUCGGUUGUUGUUUGCGCUGCUAGCCAAUAUCCCUCGUUUCGUCAAUGCCAUUGAGCAAACUGCAAUCACGGAAGAUAUAUCGUCGGCUGCUUCCCGUCUUCGGGAGUUAGCCGAUGAAGCGAAACUCCGCAGCUUAAGCAGGAUCUUGGUUUCUUUUGCGAACUCUCGAUUCAAGAGCAAGGAAGAUUUCGUUCGACAGCUUGUCUCGUCGCUGAAGGAAGCAUUCUUCCCUGCCUGGGAAGGACAAUCUUUGAUUUUCUUGCUAGGUCUUCUUCACAACCGUUCGCGUUGGGUUAAGACGAAGACUUUGGAAGUCUUGAAGAAGUUGUUGUCUUUCAUUGAUAUGCGAAAGCCCGAAUUUGCUGGUAUUGGUGCUGAUCUUAUAUCGCCCUUGUUGCGCCUGGUCCAAACGGAGUAUGCUCAACAAGCUUUGGAGGUACUAGACGAGGCUGCUGCAAUCUCGGGAGGUCCCUUGGACAAGCAUGUUCUUCGCAUGAGUCUCGGCAACCGCACGAUUCGAAAGGAAUACGAGAAGACGGCUACCUUGUUUGGUAUUCCAGACGACAACGGAUGGGCGGUACCUAUGCCUGCGAUCACGUCCUCGGCUGCUCGGAACAACGUUCACGCAGUAUUCUACACAUGCUCUAUCUCAUCGAAUAAUGUCGGUGAACUGGCGUCUGAUAUCAAAUUCCAUGCCGAGGACUAUGCGUAUGUCGGAGCGGACGAACGGACGGAAACGAUGAUGUCUGAUGACCGUGGCGAUGGCACUCUAGGUGACAUGGUUUCUGCUCUUCACAGUCUUGACGUGUUCUUCACAGAAGAUGUAUCCAGCGAAGCUCAGCAAACACCCACAACUACGGAUACAGAGUUCAAUACGGAACCAGCUCCCCAGAACGUGUAUGAUACUAGGGUCGCGGCUAUCUUGUCGCGAAGUCUUCAGAGAACGCCAUCUGUAUCAAGUUUCCGUACAGCUUUUGUUGCAGGGGGUCCUUCUACGGCGAAUACGAGGGACCGGGGUUACGGAGGCCCGUCCUUUACUGGGCCCUCCUCGUUCUCCCUGCUCAGGCCUAGUAUGGCACCAAGAAACAUAUCUUCGCAGUCCCUAGGUGUUUUGAGUUCGUCCAGUGGCGAAGAUUUUGACGAUGACGAUGAUGAUCGUUCAGGCGGGUCGGGGUUCAACAAAUCGUUCAGGUUGGAGUAUUAAGAGCAGGACAUGGCGGCGUUUGGAAGCGUACCUAUCUCUAUCCCAUUUCGCCAAGCUGGUGUCGUAGGCGGAUGUUUUGAGUUUAUUUAUUGCUAAGUUAUGGUUUUGCAUUGACGGCGGAGGAUCUGGCGUUUUUCCUUGGUUUGGGAAUAGGACAAGACUUUGCAACGCUAGGAUAGCUAGCGCUCUUACAUGAUGACAGAAAAAUCGUUGAAAUGUCUAUAGUGUAUCGCCCACGAACUCCUUCCAACCAGAUAUAUCGGUAAUGCCCCGUAAUAGAAACUCCUCUUCAUCCAAGCUUAUUGCGGAAUCUUCGGCCCUGGAUUGGCAAAAGCUCGUCAUGGGGUGUAAUACUGCAAAGCCACUGUCCUUAACACACUUGUUCACCUCUGCAGACAGAGCUUCUCUCGAGUAAUUGGAUGGAAGCUGCGCAUUCAAGCAUUCGUGAACCGACCUGAAGGCGUGAGGGGUGAUGACGGUGGAGU